AUAUGGUCACCGUGGUGUGGCGUAGUUUGUGUAGGCAGCAAUAUCAUCAUCAGUAGCAUCCGGCUUUAUCUCCUUUGUGCUGCACCGUUACUAAGCCAAGCAUUCCUCGCUUGCUCUUGCUCUGCUUCAAUAUUCUAGCACUUCAGUGGAUUUGAAUUAGACCCCAUGGAUGAUCGUAAGGAGAAAACUGCUCCUUGGCUAUCGGUUCCACAGUUUGGGGAUUGGGAACAGAAGGGCCAAGUACCGGACUACUCGCUGGAUUUCUCAAAAAUCCGGGAAAUGAGAAAGCAGAACAAAACAAAUCUUUCCAGGGCAAGUCUUGGCAACGAAGAAGAGCUCAUGGCUUCAACCACUGCUAGCGUCAACACUGGGAACAGUGAACCCCAGCACCCCCACUACCAUCAAAACCACGAGCCUCCAACUACAAGGAAGGGCAUCCUAAGCUGCUUCAACUGCUGUGUGAAAGCAUGAUGUGUAAGGGCACGUGCCCUGGUCUUCUGAAGAUUGUGAGCGGUGACAGUUGUGCUACUGCACCUUUGAAGAAAACUUACCUUUCCAUUAAAUCCCUUACUUUUGCAUUGAUGAUCCUAUCGGCUGCGAUGGUAGUUUUGAAUUUGAUUCACCAAAUUAGAGUUGAUUAUGGUAAAAGCUAAAAUGUAAAUGACUGUCGUGUGUAGUUUUGUAACUCAUAAGUUAUGAACCUCUAACCCCACCCUGAAAUGUGUGAAUCAGUCAUGCCCCCCCCCCCAGCUGUGAAGAAAAAAAUUUGCAGGCCGUGUGUGCUCGACCCUAUCCCAGCCCUUACUAUGGCUCUCUUAAUCAAUCUCAUGUACAUUUUCC